AUGGCGGAAGAAGAAACAGUUACGUCUUUGAAGUCUGAAAUAGCUACUUUACGAGCCAGAGUAAACGAACUGGAAGCGGAGAAUGCCGAAUUGGCUGCACGAAUGGCCAAUUGUUGCUGUGAUCAGAAAGGGGCACAACAGCUUGGUGAGUCGGAAGUGGAGUGCAGAAGCUCACUAGAGCCCAGUGGGGAAAGAAAUUCAGGAGGUGCAGAAACAAAGAAGACCAGAAGAAAGAAAAGAGUAGCAGAAAUUUCAAGUUAUGACUCAAGGACCGUGAGUCACUGCCCAAGGAGAUAUGUUGCCUUAAAAGUUAUGUAUUUUGGUCCAAGGUUUUAUGGUUUUGCAUCGGAGGCACAAAUGGAACCAACCGUUGAGUCAGAGAUUUUCAAAGCUCUUGAGAAGACAAGGCUUUUAGUUACUAACAAGAAGGAAGCACAGUAUUCCCGGUGUGGUCGAACUGACAAAGGAGUAUCUGCUGUUGGACAGGUUAUUGCUCUGUUCUUACGGUCAAAACUUCGCCACCUUAACUCAAACACCUCAGAUUCAAGGGAAAAUUUUGUUGACGGACAAAAUGAAGAGGAAAUUGAUUAUGUACGAGUAUUGAAUCGGGCACUUCCGCGAGACAUUCGAAUUUUUGGCUGGUGUCCUGUUCCAGUUGAUUUCCAUGCAAGGUUCAGCUGUUUGGGCAGAGGGUACAAAUAUUUGUUUUGGAGUGGCACACUGGAUCUUCAGGCUAUGGAGACGGCUGGUAAGAAAUUUGUUGGGGAGCAUGACUACAGGAACUUCUGUAAGAUGGAUGCAGCCAAUGUGCACAACUAUGUGCGGCGCAUAGACUCGUUUGAAAUUUCUCCUUCUGAUUUGAGGUUUCAAGGUAAUCAACUCUUUGCAAUCAAAAUCAAAGGCAGUGCUUUCCUGUGGCACCAAGUCCGGUGCAUAGUUGCUGUGCUUUUUAUGGUUGGUGAGGGACUUGAAUCUCCAGAUCUGGUAGAUACAUUGCUUGAUACGAGCAGGACAACAAGAAAGCCUCAGUAUGCCAUGGCUUCAGAAAUCCCAUUGAUUCUGUCUUCUUGUGAUUUUGAAGGCCUCAAGUUUACUUGUUCAUCAGUUGCCGAGCAGGAUCUUUCUGUGCACUUGGGAAAUGAAUGCAGAACCUACCAACUUCAAGCUGCUAUCUAUAACGAGGCUAUGUUGAGCUGUAUGCGCCCAACAGAUAAGCACAACGGGGAAAGCUUUGUGAAAAUCAGAGGGAAAGCUUCCCAUAUUCCUUUGAUGUCGAGACCAACAGAACCAUCAUACGAGGAGCGACAUGCUAAGUUGAAACUUCGGGAUGCAGGAGGGAGUUAA